AUGAAUGAUACAACAGAUAAAACAAAAGAUGAAAUAGGAAGUUUUAUUAGAUUAGUUAAAAUAUCAGAUUUAAUCAUACUUGAUAUUAUUAGUUUUAUAGAUAAUAAUGUAGAUGUCAUAUGUUUAUUGUUGACUUGUAAAUCAUUGUAUAAUGGUAUACGAUUAAAGAUUGAAAAUAUAUGUAAAGAGUUUAAUCAAGAGAAUAAGAAUAAUAAUAUUAAUAAUGAAAGAGAUAAAUAUCAGCUUUAUCAUCCACUUCCUCCUCCUCAUCUAUUGACAUUAUUUAAAAAUGUUAAAUCAGUAUCACUUCGACCGACACCAAACAUAGAUUAUGAUCUCGCUCAUAAUUGUUUACGAUCAUUUGUCAAUAUUCACAACACUGGUAUAUUUCUAUCGACCAGAAAGUUUAAAAUAGUCAAUGAUUAUAAUUUAAACGAGGUGGUUGAACAGUGCAAGAUACCAGACUAUGUCGAGACAAUGGUUUUACAAUGUGCCGCUGAAAUCGACACCAAGUAUAUUACUCCGAGCGUGAAAAGUAUGGGGAUCAAUAUGAUCAUCAAGCCCAACUCUUUCCCAACGAUCAAGGUGUGGCCACCAUCGAUUACAUCAUUGGCAAUUGGAGAAUAUACAACCUAUGGAAAGGAAGACUUUUUUAAAAAGAUCGCACCUACAUUACUCAAGCUCAAGAUUAGAAACUGUCCACCUAAACUCGAUAUUAGACAUCUAAAGUCGUUGGUCAGUCUCGAGGUAUCUCACAACCCACUUGCUGGUAUGAUCAACUUUAGUAAAAGGGUGGGACCCAGCAGUAUCGGUGAUAUCCUCAUCCCCAAGACCAAGACGAUGAAGAAGCUCACUAUAGGAGGUCUCGAUGGCAUAACCACCGGUUUUCUCCCUCCCAACCUUGAAAAGCUUACCAUCUCUCACCAAACCAAGACAUUUAAAUUACCAUCAACGUUGACGUACCUGGAUAUUGGAUAUAGUCCCAUCCUUGUCCCUAACACUGGGUUCAUACCAUCGUCGGUCAGAGAGCUUCACAUUACCUUUCCAAAAGAUACCGAUCUCUUGGAACCUGGUGUCGUUCCAAAUGGUGUUGAACGACUUUUAUUGAAUCAAUACUAUGGUCCAAUCGAUUCAUCCAUUCCCGAUACUGUUACAGAUCUUUCUGUUCGUUGGCGUGUUAUUGAAGAAGAAGAUGAUGAUGAUGAAGAAGAUGAAGAAGAUGAAGAGGAACAAGAAGAAGAUGAUAAUGACCAAGAAAACAAUACAUAG